UCUCUCUCUCUCUGUGUCUAUAUAUAUACAUAUAUAGAUAUGCAUAUAAUCACACUAUAAAGUCUAGAGCUCUCAAAUUUGGUCAUCAAAUUUGCAACCAUAUUAAAUACCAUUUUCUUUUCAUCAUAUAGUCUUUCAAGCAACUAUGUAUCCCCUAAACACCAAAGACUUGCACAGGAUUUUCGAAAAGCUUGACAAAAAUGGAGAUGGGUUUGUAAGCCUCGAGGAGCUUAACUGGCUACUCGAAAAGAUAGGUGUCCAAUAUAGCAUAGCCGAGUUGGAGUCCUCUGUGGGAAAACCAUGCCUCGACUUGAAUGAAUUCCUCCUCUUCUGCAAGUCUAUUUCUGAGAACAACAACUGCAAGAGCAAAGGAGGUCAUGGCCUAGACGAAGAUGGAUUAAAAGAUGGUGAUCAUGACACCAAUGAGGAAGACGAUGACUUGAUGAAGGCAUUCAAUGUUUUCGACAUCAACGGCGACGGUUUCAUCUCUUGUGAGGAGUUGAAGGACGUGUUGAUGAGAUUAGGAUUUUUGGAUGAGACUUGCUCUUCCGGGAUUGAUUGUAAGAUUAUGAUUCACGUGUUUGACACCAAUUUGGAUGGUCAACUUGAUUUUGAGGAAUUCAAGAACAUGAUGCUUCAUACCGUUUCUUAAUUAUAAAUUUCUCUCAUGAAAAGUUUCUUGGGUUGAAUUUUCAUGCUCCAGUUUGCGUAUCGGUAUGAAUCAUCAUGUGGGUCCUCGUCGACUUUGGAGUACAGUUUUAUAAUACCUUUGUAUUUGUAAUGAUGUUAUCAUUGUCGUUGAGAAUCCAUGUAUAUACAAUUUGAGUAAUGCCCUUUUGGUGAGCAGAAAAGGCAUAUUGCGUUUGUAUGUGGUAAUUAAUCAAAAUUUGUUAUUGGCUUUAUAUA